CGUCCUUUCAUCACCGCCGCCUCAAAGUUGCACGUCAUCUCUCACGUCUCUCUUAUGGCCCGUCCCUCACGCCUGCAGCUUUCAUGAUGCCUCCUCGCAAGAGGCAACGCCCCAAUCCCGCCGCACUGAGCUCUCAGAGCUCGCCAACCACAGCUCUGUCGCCUGAGACGUCACUGUCACGAGCCUCAUCUGCCUCGGCGCAGCAGGCUAACCACCAGAAAAAGCCUUCACUACCCGAAUCCAACAGCGACCACAAGUCAUCCGAUGCAUCACAGCGAGUGAAAGAGAUCCGGAAGACCAACAGCUGGUACGCUUCGUGGUCGAAGCCACAGAAGGCAACCCCCUCAACAUCAGUCGCGCGCGAGAAUAUCCUCGGAGGCACCGUCAAGUCCAGGGCUGCGCCAGACUUUUCUCGAUUUGAAACGAAGCGAAGCGAAGACGACGCGAGCAUGCCCGACGACGCCGAUUCUGUGUCGCCACCCCCUACAAUAACCAACAACACAUCGAACACCCCGAGUGCAGACAAGCCAUCCCAAGGGAACAAACCGCCAGCGCCGUCAUCAAGCGGGGACCAAAAUUCAUCAGAAAUAGGACGCGCACCAGCCAUGCCGCCAGUUCCCGAGGCAAAACCGGCCACAGAGCAGCAGCAGAAAGCCGCGGAUUCUAGACCUUUACCAGAAGACACAUCAGAGUCAAAGGCUUCUGCCGAUGGAGCCGGUGAGGCAUCAGAUGCCUCACAGAGACAAGUCGCCUCAUCUGGAUGGUUCGGCUGGUGGACCAAACCCGCAGCGGCUGAGCCUUCCGACAACUCGACUGCGAAACCUCAGGAGACGAAGAAAGAAGAAGCCACCAAGGCCCCCGAAGUCGUCGAACCGGCCGAGUCUGCGCCGCCCCAGGAGCAAGCGCCUCCGUCCGAGCCCCCGGCCCCCGAGGUCAUUGCUGAGGAAGCUCCGCAAAGCACCUCUUGGCUAGGGUUCUGGUAUUCUACCCCUCAGCCGAAGGCCCCGACAAACAAAACGUCAAAUCUCAAUCCCAAGGGAGAGACAAAGGCAAAUCCCGAAGAUGCAUCAACCAAGACCGUCUCUCCAUCUGAGCAAGUGGAAGCUCAGAGCCCCCCUCCUAAAGCUGGCUCUACAUGGGCUUUCUGGUCAAGAGAUACCCCGAAGAGCAAAGGCAAGACUACCUCACCGGAAUCGGGACAGAUCGCAGUUAUGGGCGAAGGAUCAGAGGCGCGGCCAUCGCCCAUGGCCGAAAGGAGACUUUCUGAGACGGCAGCAAAGGAUACGGCAGCAAAGGAUACGGCAGCAAAGGAUACGGCAGCAAAGGAUACGGCAAGAGAUGAUCCUGUACCAGCGGAACCACCUGCCGGCGUACUCUCGUGGCGCAGAAGCAAGCGAACCAGGCCCAUAUCGCUGAAUCUCGAUUCUCAGCGUCCGCCGUCGGCAGACAGUACAAAGUCAGCUCCACUUGACCGGCUAUCCGCUACGCCGCAGACCGAUUCUAAGAAGAAGAAGAAGCCAGUUGCCGCACCGAAGAAGGCGGUCACUGAAAGCGAAUCAACCGUCAAGGAACCGCCCAACCUUCUCCUUCCAUCCUUUGCUAGCACGUAUCAAAUGAAGGAAAAUCCAUCAAUCCUUCGACAAAUCACCAAUCUCGUGCUUAGGACUUCGCAGCCGCCUCCCAACCACGUCUUCCGUGUGAAGGAUCCUCCCAAGAUACACAAGGCCAUUGCUAUUGGAGUUCAUGGAUUCUUCCCAGCCUCCUACCUGCGUCCAAUGAUAGGACAACCAACCGGUACAUCCUUGCGAUUCGCGGGACUUUGCGCUGAUGCCAUUCGCAAAUGGGCCGAUAACCAUGGCUCUCCCGAUUGCGAGAUUGAAAAGGUGGCUCUGGAGGGAGAGGGCAGAAUCAACGACAGAGUCGCAAAUCUGUGGAAGCUUCUCCUCAACUGGGUUGAGCAUAUCCGUCAGGCCGAUUUGGUGAUCAUAGCAUGUCACUCUCAAGGAGUGCCAGUCAGCAUCAUGCUUUUGGAGAAAUUGAUUGACCUCGGCGUCCUGACAAACACCAAAGUUGGCGUCUGUGCCAUGGCUGGCGUUGCCCUGGGCCCUUUUCCCGACUACAAGUCCAGCAUACUCAUGGGCUCAGUAGCGGAGCUGUGGGAGUUUGGAGAUCCUCAGAGCAGCAACUCGCAACGGUUCGAGGCAUGCCUUAAGCGCGUUGUUGAUUUCGGAGCCCGCAUCACAUUUGUGGGCAGCAUCGAUGACCAGCUCUCUGCUGUGUACUCACCUGCAAAUCAUCCUUACAUAUACCGUGCCGUGUUUAUUGAUGGCCGGGUACAUGCUCCGGAUUUCAUAUCACAUCUUAUCGGGUUUGCGCUCAAACUACGCAACCUGGGUAUAUCAGAUCAUGGGCUCAUCCGUGAGCUAUCCGUGGCGCUCGCUGGAUCCCUCUACUCGGGCGAAGGUCAUUCACGCCUAUAUUUCGACUCUGCCGUAUAUGACCUUGCUGUUAUGCAUGCCUUGGAGACAACUGACACAGCACAGCCAACGCCCUGCGUGAUUCCAAAGCGCGAGACGACACCCUUGGCAUCUUCGAACCCAUACGUAUUGCCGUGGAUCAUGCGUGGCCUUUUGGAGGAGGACUUUGUCAAGACGCAGCUCAGCGCCGAGACUGAAGAGUUGCUGCGGCAGUUCGACGACUGGAAGCCAACCAAUAAAGCUCUUAAGGAUGUCAAGUACCGUCUCGAGGUCGUUCGGUCCAAACUAUGA